AUGGCUGAAGCUCUUCCAGAAUACCCAGAUUCAGACUUCUCUGAUGAUGAACAGUCUCCGUUAGACAAAUCUUUUAGCAAAGCAUCUGACCAUGUAAGAAAACUAACCAAUGUACUAAAUAACAACCAACUGCUGGAGCUGUAUGGUCUGUACAAACAAGGCACAGAAGGUAAAUGUAACAUUCCUAAGCCUGGCUGGUUGGAUGGCAGGGGGCGCAAGAAGUGGGAAGCAUGGAACUCUCUCCGUGACAUGCCACAAGAUGAGGCUAAACAGAAAUAUAUAGCAUUAGUACAGAAGUAUGCCCCAGAACUGACAGACCUAUCAAAUGACAAUGAGUUAGGAGUAAAGGAAGCAUGGGUGGCUGUAUCUUCCAUGCUCAAAUCACCAGAACCUGAACUGGUACACAAUGAAUUGUCCAUAUUAGAUGCAGCUAGAGAGAACUGUGCUGACCGGGUCAGAGAACUUCUCUCCAAACAUCCAGAACUUCGUCAUGAAACGGACGAGGAUGGUCUCUCCGCAUUGCACUGGGCUGCUGACAGAAAUGCCACUGAAGCAUUAAAAGCUGCUUUGGAAGGAGGGUGCCCAGUGGAUGCAGCGGAUGAAUGUGGUCAGACAGCUCUACAUUAUGCUGCAACCUGUGGCCACAUUGAGUCAACCACUAUUUUGUUGAAAGCUGGUGCUUCACUGCUAAAGGAUGAGGAUGACUGCACUCCACUAGACUUGGCUUCUGAUGACGACAUACGGAAAGUUCUGGAAGGUGCUACGUAG